GUGCAGCAUGCAGCUUAUAAAUGUAGGUUCAUGAUGCAUGUGUUAGUAUUAAUUUGUAAAUACAGAACCAUAUGUCAAGUAUAUGUAAAAUAUCAAAAUAAAGUUGACAAAUAAUUUUAAAUAUUGGUUUGUGUAAAAUACUUUCUUAUAAAAAAUGAUACAUAGUCUUUUUAUUAUUAAUUCAUCAGGAGAUGUUUUUAUGGAAAAGCAUUGGAAAAGUGCAGUGGCACGAUCAUUAUGUGACUAUUUUUUUGAUCAACAAAGAAGAGUUUUAUCUCCUGAAGAUACACCACCUGUAAUAGCUACACCUCAUCAUUAUCUUAUUAGUAUAUAUCGUUGUAAUAUGUUUUUUGUUGCAGUAUGUAUGACAGAAGUUCCACCAUUAUUUGUAAUAGAAUUUUUACAUAGAGUAGUAGAUACUUUUGAAGAUUAUUUUAGUGAAUGUACAGAAACUAUUAUAAAAGAAAAUUAUGUGGUUGUCUAUGAAUUAUUGGAUGAAAUGUUGGACAAUGGCUUUCCAUUAGCCACAGAAUCUAAUAUUUUGAAAGAACUUAUUAAACCACCAAAUAUAUUAAGAACUAUUGCAAAUACUGUUACAGGAAAAUCUAAUGUUAGUGCAACAUUACCAAGUGGACAAUUAUCUAAUGUUCCAUGGAGACGUACUGGUGUUAAAUAUACAAAUAAUGAAGCAUACUUUGAUGUUGUGGAAGAAGUUGAUGCUAUUAUUGAUAGAACUGGUGCAACUGUAUUUGCAGAAAUUCAAGGCUAUAUUGACUGUUGUAUAAAAUUAAGUGGUAUGCCAGAUUUAACACUUUCCUUCAUGAAUCCUAGAUUAUUUGAUGAUGUUAGUUUUCAUCCUUGUGUUAGAUUCAAACGAUGGGAGUCUGAACGAAUACUUUCUUUUAUUCCACCAGAUGGUAAUUUUCGUCUUCUUUCUUAUCAUAUAGGAUCACAAAGUAUUGUGGCAAUUCCAAUAUAUGUAAGGCAUAAUAUAAGCCUCAAAGAAUUAGGAGGUGGCAGAUUAGAUAUAACUGUUGGACCAAAACAAACCAUUGGCAGAACUGUAGAAAAUGUAACAUUAGAAAUUCCUAUGCCAAAAAUAGUUUUAAAUUGUACACUGACUCCAAACCAAGGAAAAUAUUCAUUUGACCCUGUUAGCAAAAUACUAUUAUGGGAUAUUGGAAGAAUAGAUGUUUCUAAACUACCUAAUUUAAGAGGCUCGAUCACUGUUCAAAAUUCUGCCAGUACAAUGGAAUCUAAUCCUGCCAUUAAUGUUCAUUUUACAAUCAACCAAUUGGCAGUCUCUGGUUUAAAAGUUAAUCGAUUAGAUAUGUAUGGAGAAAAAUAUAAACCAUUCAAAGGUGUUAAAUAUAUUACUAAAGCUGGAAAAUUUCAAAUUAGAAUCUUCAAGGUCUUCCCAUGUUGGAUGUGUAGAAUAUGUAAAUAAACGUUCCAUAUUAGUUGCAUAUAUAGUAUGAUUGCUAACAAGAUUUUUAUAGAUCUAUAUAAAAUAAAAAGAUAAUAAAACUAUAAAAUAUUAAAUAUCAUAUAUAUAUCUAAGUUUUAAUGAAGGUGGAAUAAUUUGUGGAGAACAUGCAUAAGCAAAAGCUGUAGCUUGUUCUGCUUCUUCAAUAUUUGGUUUUAUCAUAGGAACUUGACCAUAAGGAUCUAUUAUUUCUGUUGCAGUAUAAUCUGAUGAUUUUAAUAUAUGAGUAGAAUUUCUUUUCCAUGAACUAGGUACUGGUUCUCCAAUAUUAUAAAUAAAUGAACUAUCUCUAAUAGCAUAUCCUUUUCUUCUUGUAAAUAUUGCUGUAAGUAUAUUUUUUAAAAAAAUCUGUGUAGCUGCAAUAACUAUAUGUGCAGUAUUUUCUUCUGCUCCAUCCAUAUUAUUUUCCCAUGCUGCUAACAUUAAUCUUGCUAAAACAAAAGUUCUAUCUGGCAGAACAAGUUCUUGAGCACUAGAACGAUUGGCUCCAAUAGGCUCAUCCCCAACAGGUGAUGAAGUUUGACUUAAGACUUCAACAUACAUAUCUGCAGGCUAAAUAUAAAAUAGAUAUAAAAAAAUUAUAAUUUAUAUAUCCAAUUAAUUAUAUAAAAAUUAAUUAUUUUAUAUACCUCAAAAUUUGAUUUAUCAGUUUUAUAUUUACGUUUUAAUCUUAAUCUCUUUUCUUUUAUAGCUUUAUCUCGAUCUAAUUUUCGUGUAGGUGUUGCAGCAGCUAAACCUCUAACUUUAUUAAAUAAACAAAGAAGAAAUUCAUUAUGAAGAUGAACUUGAUCUUCUGUCAUAAUAUUUCGUGCUUCACAAUCAAAUUCUUCUUUCGUUGUCUAAAAUUAUGAUAUUUAAUAAAUGAAAAUGUUAAUAAUAUAA